AUGCACUCAUACAAGCUCAUAAAAGAUGCAGAGGUGGAAACUUUUAUCACAUCAUUUGAAACAGUAAUCGGCUUAAACACUGCUACUCCAUACGUUUCUUUAGCUCUGAUCAUGUCCAAGAAUGUUAGAAGUUUAAAGAAUAUCAUAUCUGAUCACCUUAUUAACCUUGACAUGAUUGAUGCAAAACAAAGACUUGGUAAAGGGAAAUUUAUUGGCUUUGGCCUCACAACUACUGGUGAUCAUGCAUGUUCACAAAGAAGGAAUUCAUCUUUUACUUUCGGGCAGCCACAAGUUUGGAGGCCUCAGAGAGGGCUACCCGAACGUGCAGUUUCAGUGCUUAGGGCUUGGCUUUUUGAACAUUUCUUGCAUCCGUAUCCUACUGAUACAGACAAGCAAAUGCUAGCUAAGCAAACAGGUUUGACAAGAAAUCAGGUUUCCAACUGGUUUAUAAAUGCAAGGGUAAGACUAUGGAAACCCAUGGUGGAAGAAAUACACAACCUUGAAAUGCAUCAAUUACAGAAAUCAGUAGCAGAAACAGAUCCUCACAACAUUCGGAACUCGAACUUGCAAGCUUCGCAUCAAUCAUCAUAUUCCGCAGCAACAACUUCAUCGAGCCUUAAUCAACCCCCUGUUCGAGAAAACAAUUUCAUGCUACGAAACAACUAAAACCGAUCUUACCGUUCUUCGAGCAUCGAACUUCUUCACAUGGAAGAACCCUACAAAUUCUUAUUCGAUGAUGCGUUUGCCGUCCAUGCUCAGCCGCCCGUGGGGGUUCAAAUGGGCGGAAAUUCUGUUGUUUCUCUAACUCUCGGCUUAUCAGAACCGCUGUCCAUGAAUGUAACAUGGCGAUUUGGCUUAGAAGAGUGCAGCAAUGCUUAUGAUUUGCACUAUGGGAAGGAAAUUGGUGCACAUAUGCUUCAUGACUUUGUUGGAUGAUUUUGAUCUCAAGAUCAGUGAGUUCUACUUCAUAAUUAAUGAUAGACAUUUUCAUUACUA